AUGUUUGAAGAAAGCGAUGUAGUAGAAGGCCAUCAUAACGGCCUAGUGAUUUCACUCCCAGUUGGAAACUGCAUAAUCAAGCGAAUCCUAGUGGACAAUGGAAGCUCUGCAAACAUCAUCAUGCUUGACACACUGAAACAUAUGAACAUAGACGAAAAGAACAUCGUCAAAAAGUCAACAAUGUUAGUGGGAUUCAGUGGGGAAACCAAGAAGACAAGUAGAGAGAUUACAUUGGCCACGUACGCAAAAGGAAUCAACCUACAGGUCAAGUUCCUAGUGAUUGACACUCUAUCUUCGUACAAUAUGAUCUUAGGCAGACCCUGGAUACAUGAGAUGAAGGCCAUUCCCUCUACAUACCAUCAGGUCAUUAAGUUUCCUACUAGAUGGGGUAUUCAAGAAAUCAGAGGAGAUCCUAGGGAAGCCAAGGAAUGUUACAAGAUCGCACUAAAAGCAACAUCUGUAGAAAAGAGUUCAGCAUAG